AUGGUGGAUAAUAAUGCCCAAGAUGCCGAUGAAUCAAUUUUAGUUUCGGAGACUGAUGAUGCAUCAAUUGCUGAACAAUCAACCAAAGCAAGCGAUGGGGGCGUCUAUGUGAAUGAUUCUUCUAAAUCCUUGUCACAUACUAAAGAUGAUAAUAUAAAAGUAUAUGUGAGAUGCAGAUCAAGGACUCAACGAGAAAUAGAUGAAAAAAGUAGUGUGGUUAUUUCAACAUUAGGUGCAAACGGUAAUAAAGUGAUUUUAUCACCAAAUCAAUCGAGAAAAUUAUAUAAUACAAAUGCUAAUGGGAGUACAAGAACUAAAAAUAAUACCAAUUUAAAUAAUAAUAUUAAAAAUGCAACUACUAAUAGUAACACUGGUACUAAUGGUAGAACAUACACUUUUGAUAAAGUCUUUGGAGUUGAAUCAGAUCAGGAAACUUUAUUUGAGUCAGUAGCGAAAAAUUAUAUAUAUGAAAUGUUACAAGGUUAUAAUUGCACUGUGUUUGCGUAUGGUCAAACUGGUACUGGUAAAACGUACACGAUGUCUGGUGAUUUAAAUAUAUUAGGUAAUUUAGAUUCAAAGGAUAAAAUAUUAUUAGGGGAACACGCAGGAAUUAUUCCAAGGGUAUUAGUAUAUUUAUUCAAAGAAUUAUCUAAAAAUGAUACUAUAACUAAUACGAAGGUUAAUAAUAAUAAAAAUAAUAAUAAUAAUAGUAAUAAUAAGAAUGAGGAACAAAUUAAUUUAAAAAAUACUGAAUAUUCAGUGAAAGUUUCUUUUCUAGAAUUGUACAAUGAGAAAUUAACCGAUUUAUUAUCAAAUUAUAAAACUGAUGCCUUAAAUUCAAAUGAUAAAUUAAUAAAUCAAACAAGUGGGAAUUCCACUCCAUAUAGUAUAACGAAUGGUUUAAAUGUUAAUGAUAAAUUUAAAAUAAAAAAUAACAAUUUACACGAUUUUGAUGGAAAAAAUGUAAGAAUUAUGAGUAACCAGAAUAAAUCCGCAUCGAAUUGUAACGGUUCAUCUAUUACUGUGAAAGGUAUGGAAGAAAUAUAUAUUAAAUCAGCGCAUGAAGGUUUACAAUUGCUGACGGAAGGGUCACUAAAAAGGAAAGUUGCAUCAACUAAAUUAAACGAUUUAUCAUCUAGAUCACACACUAUUUUCACCAUAAUAACAAAUGUUACUAAAGUUGACCCAGUAACAGGGAAACAUUUUGUUAAAACUGGUAAAUUAAAUUUGGUUGAUUUGGCUGGUAGUGAAAAUAUAAAUAGAUCAGGUGCAGAGAAUAAAAGAGCUCAGGAAGCUGGACUAAUAAAUAAAUCUCUGUUAACCUUAGGGAGAGUCAUAAAUGCAUUAGUAGAUCGUUCCCAUCAUAUACCAUAUAGAGAAUCGAAAUUAACAAGGUUACUUCAAGAUUCGCUUGGCGGUAAAACAAAGACGUGUAUUAUAGCUACUGUUUCUCCUGCAAAAAUAUCAUUGGAAGAAACCGUUAGCACUUUAGAAUAUGCUACUAGAGCAAAAUCAAUUAAAAAUACCCCCCAGAUAAAUCAAUCGUUAUCGAAGGAUACUUUUAUUCAUGAAUAUAUUAAUGAAAUUGAUAGAUUACGAAAUGAAUUGAAGCUUGCGAGAACGAAAGAAGGUAUAUACAUAACACAAGAUCAAUUAGAUCUAUACGAAAGUAAUUCAAUUUUAAUAACAGAGCAAAAGGCUAAAAUUGAUAAUAUGGAAGAUCAGAUCAAACGAUUUAAAGCCAAAUAUGUUGAAGAAACAGAAUCGAACAGAAUAUUAUUGAAUAAAUUAGAGCAAUCUGAAGAUGCAAACCAAAAAUUAUCAGAGAAAACAAAAGUCAUUAUAUCAUUAUUCAAACGCUACCAAGAGAAUUUUAAAAUCUUUAAUUCUAACAUUAAUCAAAUUCAUUCGUCUAAUCUUGAAGUUUUCGAUAGUUUGCAAAACCACAAAGAUAAAUUGGACCUUUGUUCAAAAAAAAAUAUUAAGACAUUAAAAGAAAUUUACAUUGCUGAAGAAAAGUACACGGAACAGUUGAAUACUCUAAAAGCUAGUUUGUCUUCUUAUUCUGAUAGAUUCAUGUUAGUGUUUUCUAGUGUAUUUGAUGAAAUGGAAAAUAAUUCAAUAGAAUUCGAAAGGAAUGUAAAAAGUAAACUGUCAUCGUUAGAUUUAACUAUGGUAGUUGAAGAAAUUAAAAAUAUGAAGGAGACUGUGGAGAUGAUAUGUAACAAUAUAUUGAUUGCAUCUGAUACCUGGGAUUCUAGCUAUAAGGAAGUAUAUAAUUCACAUUUGAUGACUUUAAAAAACUGUUUUAACAUGGUGGAACAUAAAUGCGCUAAUAUAAAUCAGUUAAUGGACGAAAACUUCAGUAAAUUUCAGAACGACAUUAAAUCAGGUGUUCAUAAUUAUAAAAAUGUCAGUAGUGAUCAUACUAAUGACAUGAAACAUACUAUUUAUGAGCAAUCUCUAGAAAUUGAAAAGUUAAAAGAAAAAAUAAUUAUUGAGCAACAGAACUCAAAAAGCGUAGAAAGUCGGUUAAAUAAGGUAAUUGACUACUUUGAAGAUGAAAUUUUAAAAUCAAGGAGAAAAAUAACUACUGAUUUGAUUGAUACUCUAAAGCAAUCAGAAAAAGAUCAUCUGGAGUUAGACAAACAAAUCCUAAAUAGAACAUUAUCUGGAUUAAGAAACUUUGAAAAUGAAAAGCAAUCUGAUUUACAAAAGUCUAUUAAUGCAUUAACUUCGAAGUUCUCUGACGUAUUCAAAAACGUUUCUUUAGUAGCUGAACAACUUCCCUUAACAAUUGACUUAACAUCUGAAAACUUAUUAACUACAAUCGACGAAUUUUUAAAAACGUCUCCAAUUUCAACCGAGCUCAUAGAAUUAGUAGAUCUUGUCAGAUCUUACACUGAGCAAUCAAAAUCGAAACCUAUUCUAGAUCUUUUAGAACAACUAAACGAAACUAGGAAAUUGAUGUUAGGAGAUGUAUCAAUGCAUUUGAAGGACCAAAUUAGUUCAUUGACAAACUUCACUCGAGAAAAGAAAGAAAAAUUCACUGAAAGUAAUGUCAUGGCCAGUAAUUUUAUUGACCAAUUUAUUAAAUAUAUUUUAACGGAUUAUAAAGAUAAUAUGACACAAAUUCCUAAAUCACAGAAUAAUGUCAUAGUUGACAAUACUAAUACUAUAGAAACUAUUAUUAAUUCUAUGAAUGAACUUAAAAAAGAGAGUAACAUAAAUGAAUAUUCAGAUAAAAGUAAGGAUUUGGUUAGUACCUUUAAAAGAAAUUUGCCAGUAUUGGAACUGCCUCAAGAUUUUAAGGUAUUCAAAGAUAUUGCAGAAGAAGUUCAAGGAACCGCCCAUGAAGAUCAAUUUUCUCCAUCAAGGUCACAUAAAUUAAACAGCCUUAAAAUUAUACCUUCAACACCAGUCCCAAUUCCUGAUUAUCCUUUACCUAAAGUUCUGAUUCCUAAAAGCGUAAACACGUCAGCACAGAGAUCUAAAACAAUUCAAUCUCCAUUUAAGGAAGCAAACAUCUUAAGAAAUAUUACCGACAUUUCAAACCCUAAUAAUCUAAAAAGAAGAUUCACAUCAGAUUCAUUAAUCCAUCCAACAGAACCAACUGAUGACAAAAUAAAAAACUGCAUAUUACCCCAUAAUUUUAUAAAAAAUUCACAUAAUGUACAAAAUAUAGCAUAUAUAAUCUAA